CUCUCUUCACAUUCAUCACUUUCCUUUCCCCCUUUUAGGUUGUCCAAAGUUAGUAGACUGAUUCCAUGCUGAUAGAGAAACAUCUCAGAUUUGCGGACAUCAAAACGGAUACUGGCAAGGAACAGUCUAAAACUUCUGAAAAGCAUCCUGAGAAUAUGUCUUCAUGAAAAGUCAAGGAUAUAUAGAUUUCAUCAACAGAUCAACGGUUUCUUGGACCCCAGAAAGGUUAGGCUGUAACUUCAAAAUAAUCACAAUUUCGUGGCUAUAGCCGCUUCUGGUAGGAAGUAUGCUCUGAUGGGACCUGGAUGACAGCCAAGCAGAACAAGGGGCGGACAAAUGAAACUACACAAGCAGAAGAAGGAAGAUGCUUUGUUUUACUCAAUGGGGGAAAAUUAAAUCUACAUCUUAGUGUCCAUUUCUUCCUCUUGAAACCAUCUGUAUCUGUGUGUUUGAAAUAUUAAAAUUCUUAUCAACUUUGAAAAAAUUGAUGCAACAAUGAUUGCUUUCAACGUGACUCAGGAGAAAUCCUUGGAAACUACGAGAGAGAACUACGUAGUGACAGCACCCAGUCCAGAGCACACAACCCCUGCUGUGAUAGUAAGAGAAGUAGUGGCCAUGGGAUAUAUUCUUAGUGGGGGAUCCAUUUUGAUCAUCUCCACCAACCUUUUUGUCGCCAUUGCCCUGGUCCUCCUCAUCCGCAAGAGGGGCUACCAGAGCUGGUGUUUUGUCUUAAACCUAUCCAUAGCAGACAUCCUGGUUGGCGUGGCUAUCACUGGCAUUGCCACUGAUGCUCUCGAAGGAACGACAUCCUCCAUGGAGAAGGGCAUUUGUUUGUUGCGCAUGACCUUUAUCAUAGCACCCUCUGCAGCCUCCAUCUUAACCAUGUUCUUGAUCUCGCUGGACCGCUACUUAGCUAUAAAGCUGCCAUUGCGCUAUUCGCAGUUGAUGAGUGGUAAGAUGAUUGCUGGUGCUCUGGUUCCAGUCUGGCUCAUGUCAGUGACUGUGGGAUUUUCACCCAGCAUUUUAAAACCAUUGCAGAAGGAAGGCUAUCACAAAGUCUGCACGUUCUUCUCCGUCAUAGAGCCAAAGAGUAUCAUUGUGGUCUUUUGCCUUUUUUUCUUUCCAUUACUCUCAGUCUUCAUCUAUUUUUACAUGGACAUCCUGAAAAUUGCAUGUGACCAUCAGAAGCGCAUCCAUGCCCAACAAGCAGGUUCACGUUUUCUGACAUCUAGCCGUUAUUGGGGUCACGUAAAAGCCCUACGUACUGUUGCUGUGCUGAUUGGAUGCUUUACGCUGUGCUGGUGCCCCUUUUUUGUGGUCAGCAUUGUGCAGGUAUCAUGUCCAACCUGUGAACUUUAUGAGUUUUUGGAGAACCAUCUCUGGCUGCUGGGACUCUCAAACUCCCUAAUUAACCCCCUUGUUUAUGCUUGCUGGCAGCGGGAGGUGAGAAGCCAGAUCUGUGAGAUCUUCAAUCAUAUUAAAGUUGGGUUGUGUUGUGUGACACACUCUGAGAUGGCAGAUAGAUGCCCCACAGACCAGCCAACUGUAACUCAGGCAGUAACGUUUCAUGACAAGAUGCUAGCCACCCCUUUAAAUUACAGUAGGUCUGUAAUCACAUUUCCUGUACAACAUCCAGAAAAUAUUUCCAAUAGGUAGGAUGUCCUUUUAAACCAUGACCAUGUUGCUACUUCCCUUAACAUGGAACCCAGAGUAUCUGUCCAAAUGCAACCUACGCAACUUUAUUUGAAUACAAUAUGUUCGAAAUAUAACCAAUGCACUUAUUUCCAUUUCCACAUUUUGCCUGUUGUAAAAUUUCUGAUUGUAAUAAAUUAAAUAGUAUUUGUGUUAUAUUUUUGUAGAGGGUUUCUCAUCAUCACUGUCAUCUUUCUUACUGAUGGUUAUGACAGAGCCCUUUUAAUAAGAUGUUUACUGAUGGGGCAACAUUCUCUGUGAAAUGGUUUUGUGCAAUAUUCAUUGUAAACAGCACUAUAUAAAUAAAUAACAAUUUGACUGAAA